GUGGUCACCGAUAAAUACAUCCUUAGCAAGUUCGUCGGGAACCCGCCAUCCCUAAUCAUCCACCUACACAAGACAUACUUCCGUUUCGACAAGCAGGAGGGCAUGUUUCCCUAUCAUUCACCCAUGAGGAUAUUCCUGGAGCAUGUGAGGAGUCGGACGGUACCCCAUGAGAUGCUCGACUAUCUCACCCAGGCCGAGGUCCCCUUCUACGAGGGUUGCUUGAUCGUUCAGGUCCACGACCAUAAAUCCGUUGCACAAGCCCGAGAUGUUGCCCGGCCCACAUCGGCUUCGAGCAAAACGGUCCCCUUUUCUGUCCACAACUACAACCAAUACAUCACUCCCUCGUCUCACGUCCCCUAUCCCAAGGAGAACCUUCCGGCUGCUGGCACCCCUGGCCCGGCUGCAGAGAAGACAGCCGAGGAGAAGGAUAAGGAAAACAUGCCGGCCCCCAGCGCGCCCGCAGAUGGGCAGAAGGGGAAGGGCACCCCCAAACCCAGGAUAUUCACCAUAGUGCUCCAUCCUACACAACAGAGCCUGCAAAUGGAUCUCUCCAUCAAGUCUACUACGCCCCGUGGAGCGUCCGAUGCCCGUACGGAUGGGACUGUUCCGCCCCCGACACCCCAUGCUGCUGUACCGCCCACGCCGACUGCCGCGAGCAUGCCGCCGCCCGCCAAGAAAAUAAAACAGGAACGGAUGGAGCUUGACGCCAGCAACAUCUACGAGGCGGAAGCGCAAAUCUUGCUGGCCACAACAGCACCGCUGGACUUGGAACCUACCAAGAAUGCCGAAGAAACAAUAGCUCUGCUCGAGAAGCAAGCGCAUCCGGAUCACUCGCAGAAGCCACCCGAACCCAAGAUGCGGAAGAGAACAGUAGCCGAAAUGGAGGCUGCCGAGGCGCAAGCUGCCGAACAGGAGCGGUAUAUGCUUAGUCUGGAUGAGCGGCUGUUCUCCAAGCUGGCUGGCGCACAGGCCUCCGGCAAUGGCGCAGAUGGGGACGGCCAGUCCGGGGCAUCGACUUGGGAGCCGAGGUUUGAGCGGUUUAAGGUUAUCGCCGAAAUCAUGCGAGAACGCGAGGAAAAGAGAGAACUGGAGAAGGCCAAGCAGGCCGAGAACGAGCGGAAGCUGCAGCUCCAAAAGCAGCAGCAGCAACAACAACAGCAGCAGCAGCAGCAACAGCAACAGCAGCAGGAGGCUGCCAUGCUCGCCGCCAAGCAGGCCGAAAUGGAGCGCCAGCGGAAGGAACAGGCACUUCGCGACCAGCAACGGCAGGAUCAGCAACGACGGAUGCAGGCUGCUCAAGCCCAGGCUCACCAGGCACAACAAGCGCAAGUCCAGGCUCACCAGGCACAGCAAGCGCAAGUCCAGGCUCACCAGGCACAACAAGCGCAAGCCCAGGCUCAGGCGCAAGCCCAGGCACAAGCGCAAGCACAAGCGCAACAAAAUGCGAACGCCUCGGGCAUGGGCACUCCCCACGCACACCCGGUACACCAAAGCCCUCUACCGGUGAGCAUGCCUGUCAACAUGCCUCAAAACCAAGCACGAUUCCCUCAGGUCUCGCAACCACAGGCAUCAUCACCAAUCGUCCGGCAGAACACGCCACAGACGGCGUCGUCCCCCAUGGGCAUGGCGGGGGUGGCUAUGCAGCACUCCAACUCGAACAUGGGGGCGGCAGGGAGCCCGGCAAGGCCGUCUUCGGUGGUUCAGAGCCACCCUAUGGCCGCGCCAAUGGCACCCAACAUGUCGGCUCGCGGAAGCCAGCAGAGCCACGCUGGCGGGACACCGAGGAUGCCCAGCGCGACUCCGAAUAUGGCACACGCCACGCCUAUCUCGCGGCCCCAAGGGGUGCCGACCCCACGCAUGACACAAGCCAGCCCGCCUCCGGGUAUGAUGUCGGGCGCUCAGAUGGGGCAUUCGAUGAUGAUGACGCCGCAAGGGAUGAUGCAAGUGCCAAACGUUGGGCUCACGGCGCAGCAGAUCGCCCAGCAACAACGUAUGAUGCAACAACACCAGCAAAUGCUGCAAAUGCAGCAGAACGGUAUGAUGAACGGCGGGGCAGGCGUUCAGCAUCAACUCGCCCAGCAGCGCAUGAUGCAGCAGCAGUUGUUACUGCAGCAACAGCAACGAGGGGGCCAAAUGGGGAGCCAGCCGACACAAGCCCAGCUAGCCGCGCAAUAUUCGCAGCAUAUCAACAACAUGCAACAGCAGGUACAAAUGGGGCAAAUGACUCCUAUGCAACAACAAGUUGCCCAAAGACAAUUUCUAGCUGCUCAGCAAGCUGCUCGAGGCCAAAACAUGAUGGCGAUGAGCGGCAUGACGCCUGCCCAGAUGGCAGCCAUGCAACAACUGCAGCUGGCCCAGCAGCAACAACAGCAACAAGCCGCUGCCGCUGCCGCUCAACAACAACAGCAGCAGCAGCAACAACAGCAAGGCCACCCGCACCAUGCACAGCAACAGCAGCAGCAAGCACAGCAACAACAACAAGCCCAGCAAGCAGGAAGCCACAUCGGUUUCGCCCAUCCCGCAGUACAGACACAGGUACGCAACCUCACAAACGCGUUCAUCACCAAGAACCUGCCGCGGUUUUCGGCACAGUUCAACGGCAUGCCGAUUCCCGAGGACCAGUUGGCCGAAUUCAAGCGCAACUGCAACGCGCAAGCGCGUAACCAUGUGUUCACCCUCAUGCAGCAAGGCCGCUUGGGCCUGCCGGCCCAGGGCCAGGGCCAAACGCAAGCUCAAUCGCAGGCGCAGCACAUGGCGGCUAUGCAGCAGCAGCAACAAGCCCAGCAGAUGGGGGGACAGGGAAUGUAGGGUCUUCCCGGCUGUGGAAGUGCACGGCGGGCCGCUUGGGUUUGCGGUCCGCUGGAUGGGCUGGAGUCGAGCAGGGGUAGUCGGUCGUGGUUCAGCGAUUCGUACUCGUCGCUAUCGAGCGCCACUACCCGAAUCGCUGAGCGUGAGCGCGGAACACGGUUUCAAAGGCAUGCUUGGCACUCUGUGAGGAG